AUGGACUUUAGUAGCAAACACAGAGAAGAAGACUUCCUCAGCGAUGGGGAUAUGGAGAACGAGGCUUUGAUCAGUGGCAGCGAUGACGGCGAUGCACCUGCUACCUCGCCGACCAAGUCCCAACGCUACCGCCGUAUCCACAGUUUCAUCAACGCUCUCCUAACCACCGUUCUCAUUUUCUCCAUCAUCGUCACUUGGCGAUACGAGGGAAGAUGCGGCUCCGGCAUGGAGAACCACUACUACUACUCUCCCGCCCUCGAAGCCACUAAACCCGGCUCUCGCGUUACCCACUUCAACUUCACGGCCUGGUCUCCUUACAACCCCAACAGCGGGAGCACCCUCGAAGAAGUCGACGGGAACUGGACAAACAUCCUGCGCUUGGGCAUGAUCGGCCUCACCCCCACCGAGCUCUCCCUCAUCGGCGGCUCGCCGCACUCCGUGCGCCUGCCCCCCGAGAGCGGCGGCGGGUACAUGGCGUACCUGUCGAGCCACCACCAGCUGCACUGCCUGUACCUCCUGCACCAGAGCCUGCACCAGUCGUACUACUCCUCGCGCAGCGUCGUGUGGGAGCUGUCCGCCGCGCGGCGCCUCUCGCACUGGGACCACUGCGUCGAGGCGCUGCGCCAGGCCGUCGUCUGCACCGCCGACGCGACCGUGUUCACCCACGACUGGUACGAGGGCAUCGCCGUCCCCGUCGCCAACGACCAUAACAAGCGCCGCUGCGCCGACUGGGACGGGCAUGUCCGCUGGCAGGCUGAGCGCCAGGUGCCCGCGCCGAGGACGCCGGUCAAGAAGACGGGGGAGAGCGUGGAGAGGAAGGUUUUGUCGGAUGAGCCGCCGCCGGGGUAUUUGUCGAUGUAUUUGUAG